AUGUUAUCAUCAUCAUCACCACCGGCGGCCACCACCGCACAUCCUCCGCCGUCACCGGAAACCUCCCAAAUUCCUUCAAAUACACUUUCCUCGCCACAGAUAACUCGCCGAUACCUUUUCAAAACUCUCUCCUUAUGCCUCGCCGCAGCACCAUCACCACUCUCCGUCUCCACCGUCGCACCAGCCAACGCACGUGGCCUCUUCCAAAUGCCGCCUCUCCGACUAUCUAACCGUUACUACCUAGUGAGAGCUGGAGAAUCAGAUUACGAGAGCUUGGGGAUAAUCAACACAAACCCGGUGGCGAAAACAUCCGUAGACAGCGGAUUAUCAGAGAAAGGCAAGAAGCAGACGGUGAGAGCUGCGUUACAGUUAAAGGCAUUGGGAGCUUGCGAUCGAAACUGUUGGCUAUGGCCUUCCAUUACACAGAGAGCUUAUCAAGCUGCUGAGAUCAUCGCCUCCAUCAACGGAAUCAGUCGCAGCUAUAUAGUUCCUGAAUAUAGCUUCCUUGAUGCUCGUGGCUUAGGAGCUUACGAAGGCAAGAAGCUAGACUCAAUAUCAGAAGUGUAUGCGUUGGACUCGAUAUCGAUGAAGACGAAACCGCCUCCGAUCAGCGACGGUACGCCUAACGAGAGUGUGUCGGAUGUGUUUGUGCGUGUGACGCAGCUCAUGUCGAUUCUCGAGACGCAGUACUCGGAGGACACGAUUGUUAUCGUUUCGCCUGAUUCGGAUAACUUGUCUGUGUUGCAAGCUGGUGUUCAGGGGCUUGACCUGAGAAGGCACUCGGAGUUGUAUUUUGGUCCAGGGGAAGUGAGAUUGUUGGACGCAGAUAGCAUCCCUGUGUAUAAGCAACCUGCUUCUGCUGUUUAUAAAUGUCUUGAUCUCAGUGCAUUAUCCAACCUUGGAAGCUCAGAUGCAGAACAACAGUUGUCAAACACACAACAAACGACAACGGAUCCUCGGAAUGUAAGAAGCCAACCUCCUAGACAGAGCUAUCUUUUGAGAUAUAGAGACUUCGUCCUAUCCGCUUAA